CAAAUGUCUAUUGAUACAAUUUUCAUACUUUCUCAAAAUGGGUAUACAUCUAUGAUAUGCUUAGUGAAAUCUUGGCUCAUAGAAUAUUCAAGGGUCUCAAGCGCAAAGACACCCUCCCUGAAUUUUACACCUAAUUCGUGCAAUUCUUCAGAGGGACCAAUGCAGUAAUUUUGUGAUUUGUGAGUAUUGCUUAGGAUAAGGAAUACCCGAUUAUCAGAAUAAAGGAUGCCCUCUACCCAUUUGUCACCUUCUCAGACAUCAUCAUUGGAGCAAUAGUAACAGAAGAGAUUCCCGUAUUGCAAUUAUUCGCAACGCUCUUUCUCAUUCUGGAUGUCCUCAAGGCCUCCUUUCCCAAUGAAUCCUCUGAGAAGCUCAAGUAGAAUUUGCCCACAAUUGGCAUCAUGCUCGAUUCCGUAUUUGAUUAUGGCUAUCCCUAAAUUACAUAAAAGCACGUGCUUGAAAGUAUUGUGAGGCCCGGAGGCAUAAUCGAAAAAAUUGAGGAAAAAAUUAUAGGCAGACAGAAUGUGCAAAAGGAAACUGUGUCCCUGUUGGAGAAAUACAUAGAUGGACAAGCUGAUGUAAGAGAGCAUAGUCAAUAUCGACUCCCAGAGAUCAAAGGAGAAGAGGAAGUUUACUUUGAUGUGAUCGAAUUCUUGGAUUGUGUAUUCGAUAAGAAUGGCAGAAUUUUGAUUGAGGAGAUCAACGGAGAAAUCAAAGUAGAUUGCAACCUAUCAGGAUUACCAGAAUUGUUUGUCUUCCUUAAUCAAACCAACCAAUUCAAUGAUUACACUGUUCAUGAAUGCCUACUCCAAAAAAUUGAUACCUACGAAAGAGAACGAGUCUUGGCAUUCGUCCCACCCUCUGGAACCACUACCAUAUUUUAUUACAACAUCAAAGGCAUUUCCAUUCGACCUCCCUUUGAAUUCAUUCCAAAGCUCCAAUUCAUCAAUAACCAAGUCAAAAUUGAGUUCCUACUUAAAAAUAGACCAGUCAGAGGGCAAUCAUAUGCUGUCGAUGAAUUCCAUACCAAAUUAACAGUGCCAAGUGGUUUGACUCUUGGAGAGACUGAGAUGGCCUAGGGAACACUCCAACAAUUAGAAAAUGUACUCAUUCCAUCUUAUACUUUAAGGCUAUCCUUUGGAGAAUUGGGAAACUGGAAAUUGAUUCUUCCAUUAGACUAGCUGUCACCUUCUCGUCGACUGAAGAUCAAUUUAAUAUCAUACAGUAGGGCAAUUUCUUGGUCCAGUUGAAGUUUGUGGUCAACACAUUUAGUCCUUCCCAAACCAAGAUUGAUAAAGUUGAAGUCAGAAAUGGGGCCAAGGUUUUGACUAAAAAAGCCAGGAAUAUUGCCAAGAGUGGUUAUUACGAAAUUAGAUUAAAUUGA